CCCCAUUACUGGAGUCGGGGAAGACAGCAGCUGUGCAUGGAUUGACCUCAGCAGCAGCAGCGGCGGCAGCAGAGAGGACGUAGUUAAUACGCAGUGUUCCCUUUCUCUGGUCCCACAGAGUGACAAAGAAAAGUCCAAAAGAAAAAAAAACAAAAGGGGGAAACAUUUUAGACGAAUGCGACUCCUGGAGUACAAAGUGUGAAGCAGGUAGACGGAGAAGAGAGGCAUUUAGGGAGCGAGUGUGAGUCUCUGCCUGCGGGUGAGAGGGCAGUCUGCGUCUUGAGGGGGGAGCUGCCCGAUCGUAGCGCUCCGUAAUGCAUUGUGGAAGAGCGGGAAUGCUGACUGACCUGAUUGCACUCUGAGGUGAAGAAAUCACACCGUGAAUCUCAUGUUCCAGACCCUUCAGACGCCAGGUCUAUGGAAAUGCAGGACCUAGCCAGUCCUCAUAACCGUGUGGGAGCCGGAGACUCGACAGGCUCCAAACUGGACAAGAGCAACCUUGGCAGUCCCUCCAUCACCACUAAUGGAACAGGAGGUGAAAGCAUGACCGUUCUAAACACGGCUGAUUGGCUGCUGGGCUGCAGCAGCCCGCCCCCUGCCUCGGGUUCCAAGGACUAUGUGAAAACAGAGCCUUUGAAUAGCAGCGAUACGGUCACCACGACAGGCGACACGGCACUGGACACAUACGCCGGCUCAGUAAUCACCAGCAGCGGAUACAGCCCUCGUUCGGCCCAUCAGUACUCUCCUUCGCUCUACCCGUCAAAGCCCUACCCUCACAUCCUCUCCACACCACCGGCUCCUGCAAUGCCAACAUACGCUGGCCAGCCCCAGUUCAGCAGCAUGCAGCAGUCAACCGUUUAUACAGCCUACUCGCAGACGGGACAGGCCUACGGACUCUCCACUUAUGAUCUGGGUGUGAUGCUUCCUGGGAUUAAGACGGAGAGCAGCCUCACUCAGAGUCAGUCUCCACUCCAGACUGGCCUCAGCUACAGCCCCGGCUUCACCACACCUCAGCCCGGACAGACUGCCUACUCACCCUAUCAGAUGCCAGGUUCCAGUUUCACUCCUUCGUCAGGCCUCUACGCCACCAACAACUCUGUGUCCAACCCUGCCAACUACACUGCCACACAGCAGGAUUAUCCCUCGUACACGACGUUUGGCCAAAACCAGUAUGCGCAGUAUUACUCCCCCUCCACUUACGGGUCGUACAUGACCUCCAACAGCGUGGAUGGCACCGGCUCCACGGCAGCCUACCAGCUGCAAGAUCCCGCUCCUGCCAUGACCGGACAGGCUGCUGAGAUUCACCCAGGGGACUUUGAUACAGUGCAGAGCCCCUCCACGCCCAUCAAAGAGCUGGACGACAGAGCCUGCCGGAGUGGGGGGUCCAAGUCUCGCGGCAGGGGCCGCAAAAACAACCCUUCUCCUCCCCCUGACAGUGACCUGGAGAGAGUGUUUGUGUGGGAUCUAGAUGAGACGAUCAUCGUCUUCCAUUCUUUGCUCACAGGCUCCUAUGCGCAGAAAUACGGCAAGGACCCUCCGAUGGCAGUCACACUUGGUCUGCGGAUGGAAGAGAUGAUCUUCAACAUGGCUGACACACACUUAUUCUUUAAUGACCUGGAGGAAUGUGAUCAGGUACAUAUUGAUGAUGUGUCUUCAGAUGACAAUGGCCAAGACUUAAGUACUUACAGUUUUGCAACUGAUGGCUUCCAUGCAGCUGCAACCAGCGCCAACCUGUGCCUGGCUACGGGGGUCCGCGGUGGGGUCGACUGGAUGAGGAAGCUGGCCUUCCGCUACCGACGGGUCAAAGAGUUGUAUAGCACAUACAAAAACAAUGUAGGGGGUCUGCUGGGCCCUGCAAAGAGAGAUGCCUGGCUGCAGCUAAGAGCAGAGGUGGAGGCUCUGACCGAUUCCUGGCUCACCCACGCACUCAAGUCCUUGUCCAUCAUAAGCUCAAGGAGUAACUGUGUAAAUGUGUUGGUGACAACGACGCAGCUCAUACCGGCGCUGGCGAAGGUUCUUCUGUAUAGUCUUGGAUCGGUUUUCCCCAUUGAAAACAUUUACAGUGCUACAAAAAUAGGUAUGGAACCGCACACACACCACACACACACACGCGCACACACACACACAGGAACAACCACACACAUUCUGCAUGGCUCACAUCAAAUAACACGGAACGUGAAAUAUGAUAAACUUUAGAGUCCAAUAAAGGGUAUCUAUUAUGUUUUUCUUUGUUUUGUGGAAUGGAUGACAUAAUUUUCAACAAAACCAAAAUGUAAAUAUCACUGUACAAAAGUCUUGAGUCAUUUUUUUUUCUCUUUUCUCCCCCAGUCAGAUCUUAUUAUUAAAAUAGAGAUGUACCAAAGAAUUGGCUGAUGACCAGAUUUCAACUUUUUGGCCCUAAUCUUGACCGGCAAGUUGAUAACUCAAAAUCAUUAUCCCUGAUUAAUAAAUGUGAAAUGCAUCAAGCUGAGAUUUAUUAGGUUUUCUGGUAAAGAUGUGUUAAAAUAUAAACAAAUCAAUAGAUCUUUUAUUGAAAACAAUUUGUGAAGAAUGUGAUUCAACUUGAGAUUCAUUCAGUACCAUAUUUCACACUCUGUAGGUUUAACCCAGGAAUUUUUGUAUGUCAUAUUUUAUUUUAUUUUCUAGCUGUCUGGGAACUUUUAAAUAACAACCAAUAACGUCCUAUUUCCCUGGUGCGUAAAAAUGACAAGAAAAGCCACUCUUAAAAAUGAGAAGGACAAUUCAAGUAAGUCUGUUGGGUUUUACGUUGAGAAAAAGGU